CGGAGGCGGAAGCGGCGCUGGGCGCUCGGUGCGGAAGCGGCGGCGGAGGCCGCGCUUUGGGUUCCGCGGGCGGCGGGGCAGGGGCGCUGCGCCACCGGCAGCCGGGCCCGCUCCCCGCGCCACUCUCCUCCCGCUCCCUCCCCUCGCCGCUCCGCCAUGGCGGCCAACACCGGCAACCUGCAGAAAGCAAUAGACCUUGCUAGCAAGGCAGCACAAGAAGAUAAAGCAGGAAACUAUGAGGAAGCCUUCCGCUUGUACCAACAUGCCGUGCAGUAUUUUCUCCAUGUUGUUAAAUAUGAAGCACAGGGUGAUAAAGCAAAACAAAGCAUUAGAGCAAAAUGUACAGAAUACUUGGAUCGAGCAGAAAAGCUGAAAGAAUAUCUGAAAAAGAGAGAAAAAACUGCACCAAAACCAGUUAAAGAGUCUGGUCCUGCUGAAGGAAAAGGGAAUGACAGUGAUGGGGAAGGGGAAUCAGAGGACCCUGAAAAAAAGAAGCUACAGAAUCAACUUCAAGGAGCAAUUGUUAUGGAGAGACCAAAUGUCAAAUGGAGUGAUGUUGCUGGCCUUGAAGGUGCCAAAGAGGCCCUUAAAGAAGCAGUCAUCCUUCCCAUUAAAUUUCCACACCUGUUUACAGGCAAGAGAACACCCUGGAGAGGGAUUCUUCUAUUUGGACCACCAGGAACAGGAAAGUCUUAUUUAGCAAAAGCUGUGGCAACAGAAGCAAACAACUCUACCUUCUUCUCAGUAUCUUCAUCUGACCUUGUCUCAAAAUGGUUAGGUGAAAGUGAAAAAUUAGUGAAAAACUUGUUCCAGCUUGCCAGAGAAAACAAACCUUCUAUCAUCUUCAUUGAUGAGAUAGAUUCCCUCUGUGGGUCAAGAAGUGAAAACGAAAGCGAGGCUGCUAGACGGAUAAAAACGGAAUUUCUAGUCCAGAUGCAAGGGGUUGGUGUUGACAAUGAAGGAAUCUUGGUCUUAGGAGCAACAAACAUACCUUGGGUUUUGGAUUCUGCUAUCAGGAGAAGGUUUGAGAAGCGUAUUUAUAUUCCUUUACCUGAAGACCACGCCAGGGCUGCAAUGUUCAAACUUCACCUUGGGUCAACUCCAAAUGACCUAAAAGACUCAGAUUAUCGAGAGCUUGGGAAGAGAACUGAUGGCUAUUCUGGUGCAGAUAUAAGCAUCAUUGUCCGUGAUGCAUUGAUGCAGCCUGUUAGAAAAGUGCAAUCAGCGACUCACUUUAAAAAAGUAAAAGGACCAUCAGUGUCUAAUCCAAAUAUGAUGGUAGAUUUAUUCACCCCUUGCUCUCCAGGAGAUCCUGGAGCCGAAGAAAUGACAUGGAUGGACGUCCCAGGUGAUAAAUUACUGGAGCCUAGAGUUUCCAUGGCCGAUAUGCUCAGGUCGCUUGCUAGCACAAAACCAACAGUUAAUGAACAGGACUUGGAGAAGUUAAAGAAGUUUACAGAAGACUUUGGUCAGGAAGGCUAAACCAAAGAUAUGUGUGAAGCAUUAGAACCUUUUUUUUUCUUCUUUUUAAAAUAUUCUUGUGUCUAUAUUCAUGGCACUUCAAAUAAAUGCCAAUAAAAUCCCCCUUUCUUACUUUGCAGAAGGAAUAGAAGAUACCUUUGCAAAGACCCUUAAGCUUUUGUAUUGUAUUGUUUUCCUCAGAUGUCUUAUUAAAUGUCUUCUAUUAAAAAAUAAUACAAAAAUGCAAUUUUAGGGUGAGACAGCAAAGUGAUGUGGUAAUGUCUAAUAAAUACUAGAAAGCUUUAAAUUACUAGUUCCAUAUUAGGUAGUAUAUUAGACCUGGAUACCAGUGAGUUUUAGUUUUUGACCUUACCUCCCAGUAAGGCCAAAAACCUUUUUAAGGGGCGGGAGAGAACAUAUUUGUCAGGUGUUUUCAAUAUCAGUCAAUCAGCAUAUGUAUUAAUUGCUCUCAUUUCAUUUAGGAAAAUGGCAACAAAAUUUUCUAAUCAAGCAUUCUGCAAGUGUGGGUUUGCUGUUAAAGUAAGAAAGAAAACACUGUGAGGAUAAGACUACACGGGCCAGUACUUUGACUAAAUAUUGAUGGACCUGUUAUUUGGCUUUUCUUCUGUGAUGCUGUGUUAAAAUUUUACCUUAAACAGCAAGCUUUGUUUUUAACUCUUUACUAGCUGGUACACACUGUCAGUAUGCAAUUUAACACAAGUUUGUUAAAUGCAACUAACUCAGAAGGUGUUUUGCUGGCUCUUCUUUGGGGGUUGUUUGGAUUUAUUUUAUUUGUUGUUUUGUUUUUUAAAAUCUGGAUUCUCUUCCUGGUGAAGUUUUGACUGAAGUUAGAAAAAAGCAUUAGUAAUGUUCUCUAAGAUCCCAUGUGUUGAGGCUGGCAAGGUAUAUGUAGUCUUUGAAGAAUGUCUGGGAGGUAUUUUGGGAAACAGCAUACUUCACAUGCAAGGAGAUUAGAACAGAUGUUUUAGCCACAGCCAUUCCAGCGAUAAAUUAACCCAGAACCCCACUGGUAACUGUAGCAUAUAGGUUACAUCAAUUUAGUGCUUCAACUGGGAGAGAAGGCUGGCAGUUUAGUAUAGAAGUAGCACUUCCAUUGCUCUUUUUCUGCAGAACUGCAAAUGGAGAUGUGCCUGAAUGUAACUUAAAACACUACAGCAUCAGCAUUGAGUUUGUGCCUUGUAAGUUUGCACUGGCUGUAGAUAUGAAACAUCAUUAGAAUAUCUAGAAUACUAUAUCUUCCAUUAUCAUUGUAAAACUCUAUCCUGCAAAUGUCUUGUUUAACUCACAUUAAAAGAAAUUUGCACAUUUUAGGUGUGUAUGUUCUAUGUACAUAUGCACAAAUAUGAUCAUCUUUUGGUGGGGUUUGGUUUCUUCUAUGUACAUAUUUUGUGUACUUUAUAAAAUCAUAGGAUGGGUGACAUUUUCUGUACUUUAAUUAAGUAAAAUGUUGUAGUACGUCAGCUAUGUCAUUUGAGUAUUCUUCAAUGUUAUGUUCUAGUUUUUACUGCUUUAUUGUCUUCUCAGACUUUUGUUUCCAUGUUUAAUAGCCAAACAAAAUAGUUAAAUAUUCUUUGAUCUGCAAGGUGCUGAGCUUUUUUUUACUAACAUGAUGAAGCAUUUUUUUCAAAAUCCUUCAGUUACACAGCUUUACCUUUGUCUUACAUCAGAAUGUGUAAAUGUGAAUCAGUGGGCUGCAGAUCUUUCUGACAGCUUUUGGGGGGAUGGCAGGAAAAGGAGUGGGUGAGGGCAGGAAUUCCAGCAUAGGUACAGGCAACUAUGGUUAGUAAAUGUAAUCCUUAUCGCAACAAGAUCUGGUUUGUAGUUUUCUCUUGUGAACACUUCAGAAGCGAGCCACAUUCUAGCGUGGCUGUCCUUCAGAGGUUUGAAGCCACUGUCUGAAGUAUUUAUCUCUUGACCUUUUGAAAAAUGAGAGUCCUUACUGCAAUCUUGCAAUCUUAAAAUUCUCAGGAACAUUUUUUGUUUAUUUUUUCCUUUUUGUGGUAAGCUAAUUUGUCCUAUGGGCUUCCAUAUGCUUAACUGUAUAAUCUCAUAUCUUUAAUGCAAAAGAAAAAUAUACUGUAUGUUUUAAAUUUACAUCUUGCUGCUUGCUCAGAUGACAUCUGUAACAGAACCUUUACUAUUUGAUGUUGAAAGUUGUUUUUAGAAACAUAUUCCAAAUAAACUUUGCUGCUUAGAAUUGCAGCUACAAGGGCAACUUUUUGGUUUGCUGUCUUUGUAAAAUUAUGAUAAAUUUAUAUACAUAUCACCAAGGUUCUUCACCAAGUUAUCCAUAGCAGAUGAUAGCCUAACAAGGGAGUGUGCAAAAUCACUUUUUAGUUUUCAGUGUUAAUUGAAAAUACUCUAAAUCAAAGAAUUCAUGAAAGGCUGUAUUUGCUUUGAAUAAUCAAAACCUCUGUAAAUACUGGACAAAGUAGUUGUACAUUUCUAAUGAGGUCUGAUCCUUGGUUGGUUAGCUUAGAAAUUGUUUUCAUACCUUCUGGUGUUACUGCUUACUCUGACUGUAAAAUGAAAAAAUGUCAUAUUCCUUCCUGUGUGUAAAAUAAUUUUUCAAUUAAAUCACUUCUGUAUGUGCUUA